AUGAAUUCACUUGUAAGUUGGAAUCAAGAAAUAUACUGUAGACAUUUUCAAAUUUCUUUUUUUCAGCGAAAAAUGAAGAAGAAAAAAGAAAAAGGUACAGACAGAACUGGUUCAAAAAGAGUAACUGUGAGUUUAAUGAGAAAUAAAAAUAAAAGUAUUGGAAAUGUUUGCAGAAAAACAAAAAAUCCGAGAAAGGCACCAAGAAUGCUAAUGAAAAAUCGACGAGAAGUGCAAGAUCGAGCAGAAGGAAAAAGGUUGGAACAAUUUAACGGGUUACUGUAGUUCUUUAAAUUUUGUAGCUCAAUUUUAGCGUGAAAAUUUGAUCUACCAAAAAUUCGGAGCUUUUUAAUAUCACGAUUUCACGACUGGGUUACUGUAGUUCGAUUUUUUGGGAGGAAUCAGAAUUUCAAAAAAAAAUGACAAAUUUUACAAAUUGUAAAAUUUGUCAUUUAUCCAAAAUUUAGUGAAUACAAAAAAUAUUAAUUUGGAACGUGACCUUAUUCAUUUUAUUUUGAAAAAAUAGAAAUUCAAAAAUGGAAUCUUGAAAUAAAAUAAUUUUUUGCAGAACCAAAUGAAAAAAGCUCGAAGCAAGGAAUGCGUUGAAUCUGAUCCGGACAUGCUCAAAAACAUAUUCGACCCAAUCACUUUCACAUUCAAAAACGAGAAAAUAAUUGAUCCGGGGCGCAAUAAUCAAACAAGUCUUCAGAGAAAAACGUUUGAAAGUUUUACUCGAAAAAUAAUUGGAUUAGGAGUUGAGGGAUUGAUCAAAGAAUAUGAGACGAAUAUAUUAGGAUUUAUUCCCAAUGGUUAUUAUGCUCGAGUUAUUUUUGAUCAAAACACUCCACACAAAAAGAAUCGAUAUAAAGAUGUGGUUUGCAAUGAUUUGACACGAGUCAUAUUGAAAGACGGAAGACCUGGAGAUUAUAUUCAUGCCAAUUAUGUUCGUGGACUUAGCCCCGUAUUUAUCCUAACUCAAGGACCUGUCAAAGACAGUGUUUUCGAUUUUUGGAGAAUGAUUGUGCAGGAGAAUAUUCAAAUAAUUAUAAUGCUUUGCGAGCAUGUUGAAAAUGGAAAAAAGAAGUGCAGCGCAUAUUUUCCACUUCAAUCAGGAAAAGGACCGAUGGAAUUGGGAGAUUUUAUAAUUACAACGGAAUCUGUUGAACAACACGAUUCGCAUACGGUUUUGACAACAAUUUCGGUGCAAGAUCGAUUUUUGAAGAAAACUGCUCGAAUUUCUCAUUAUCGCAUUGUGACUUGGUAAGCAUUUUUUUUUUGAAAAAAAUUGAAUUUUCCAUCCAAAAACCUUUUCAGGCCCGAUAAAACUGUUGCAAAAUCGAAUUUGUGUCUUCUUCGAACAUUACGCAUCGCUCGCUCUCAACAAAACCCGGUUGUUGUACAUUGUUCGGCUGGAAUUGGAAGAACGGGAACAUUUGCAGCAAUUGAAGUUGGAAUUCAAGCGAUUUUGAAUGGAUAUUCAGUGCGGCUUACGGAUAUUGUGCGAUCGAUUCGACGUGAGUCUUGAAUAUAUGAAUCUCGAAAAAAAACGUUUUUUUGCAGACUGUAGAAUCAAUUGUGUUCAAAUGGACACCCAAUUCCUUAUGCUGGCGGAAACGAUUAUUGAUUGUGCAAAAUCAUUUCGAUACAUUGAAGAUGCUCAGCUUUUGGAAUCAAUUCAACAAUUCAAAUCGGAUGUCGCACAAUAUGUUCAAGAACAUCCGCCGCCUCCUGAAAAAGUGCCAGCAAAAGGAUCGAAAGAAAAUACGACUGGCGAUGAAUAUCCCGAUCAACCGCCAAAAUUGCCACAAACUCCGCCACCUAUAAUUGCACAACAACCGCAACAAAAUUGUGCGAUUCAAACUGUUGCGCAAGCUCAGGCUCAACAACAACAAUCUCCAGCACAGCCAGUUCGACUUCAAGUUGUUGCACAAGCUCCUGUGCCAACUCCUCAACCGCCACUUCCAAAUGAUGUGAAACCUCAAAUACUCGUCCCUCCUGCUCCACAACAACAACAACAACAGCAAAAUCAAAACGUCGAUAAAACUCAAAUGACAAUUUUGCCUUCGACUACAAUGACUAAUUUGACUGUCCAGGAAACGUUUCUGUAUCCCAAAUGA